UGCCAAACUGGCCAUGUCCGGGGAAGAGAUUGCUCUCUUGUGUCAGAGCUUGGAGGAUGUGGUUACCGUGAUGCCUAGCUGCUCAGUGGUCACGACCAUUCUACGAUGGGUGUCCUUCUUCUUCUUGUUUCUUUUCAAUGCGGUCAUGUGGACCUUGUUUGUCAAGUCACUGCAGCUGUCCAGAUCUUCGCUGGAGGCCACCAUAACAAACAGCUCAGCCAACUUGUUCUUUACGUUGUAGUCUUCAGUCUGGUGGACGUGGCACUUGGAGGACUGCGUUACCUUGACAUUGUGGUCGAUCAUGUUCGCAUUGACGUGCCCGCUGAUGCCACCAUCUAUGACGGCGGCAUCGCCCCGGUGAACUUCUGCACCUACUUCACGCCGGACAAUGGGGCGGCUCUGAUCCUGAACCGCUUCGACAGCGAGCGCUACAAGCUGGUGGCCUUCCUGGCCACAGACGACAAGGGCUCCAACCCCACUGCGGUCACGCAAGCGGUCAUCCCGUUGGCAGACCAGCUUCAGCCUCUCACUGAUGGAAAACAGGUGAUUCUUUUUGAUGCUGAUGUGGAGUUUGAUCUGACCCAUGUGGAUUGCUACAAUAAUCGCUUCCCCUAUGCCUGCGUGACCCUGGGCCCGGCCGAUGUAUUGGCCCGUCGCUGGCAGCCAAGUGACUCCUCCGUGGUAACCAAGUGCGUCCCCAUCAUCUGUAAACCAGAGCCCCUGAGGGUAGAUUUGGACUUUGUCGACGUGGACAUCCCGCGCCAUGCCAUCAUAGUUGACAGCAAAGUCGUGGACGUUUCCCUCUGCGUCUACUUCACACCCAAGGACGGUGCCGCCCAGGACCUAAAUGCCCUGGGCGCAGUGGAUCGCUUCAAGCUGACUGCCUUUCUGGCCACCACAGCCAGCGGCGGCGGCAAGACUGCGCCAGUGGUGGGGACCAUCAACAAACUGGACCAGACCCAGGUGCUGACGGACGGCAAGCAGUUCUCCUUCUAUGAUGCCCAGUUCUCGUUUGACCUUACACAGGUUGAUUGCACGGACGGUGCCUUCCCAUACGUGUGCACCACACUUUCCGCAGUAGGGCCCUGGGAGCUUACUGCCAAUUCAGUGCACACUGUAUGCACUCCCAUUAUCUGUCUUGCCCAAGAUAACUUCCAGGCACAAGUUACCUGCGAAGACAGGCAGGUUAGCCUGUCCUGUCCUGCUGGCCAGGGCAUCCACAUCGCCCACGCCCUGUACGGCCGCAUUGUGCCCGGCAACCUCCUCUGCCCAAGCUCUGCAAUCUUGACAACAAAGUGCCUGGCUCCCAACGCCUUGGGCAUCGUGCGAGGCCAGUGCGAGGGAAGCACCUCCUGCUCGUUCACAGCCAACAACCAUCUCUUUGGGGAUCCGUGUGGUGGCACCCACAAGUACCUGCACGUGUUCUAUCUUUGCCGAGAGAAAGCCCUGGUGAAGACGGUGUGCGAGAGAGAGUGGCUGCGUAUCGACUGUCCAGCCGGCGUAGGCAUCCGCGUCAUCGACGCCAACUAUGGCCGCUACUCCGGGGAGAACGUGUGCGGCGCCAGGGGCAACAAGAACUGCGUCUCCCGCAACGCCUUGCCGGCCGUUCAGACCAAGUGUCAGGGGAAAAGGUGGUGCAAAGUCCCAGCUACUGAUGCCUUCUUCAGCGACCCCUGCCCUUCAACGUCCAAGUACCUCAGAAUCUAUUACAAGUGUGACUACCCCAUCAUGCGGCGGAAGUCAGUCUGCCAAGGGCGCAACUUGGGACUGGACUGUGGAUCUGGGAAUGUCAUCAAGAUAGAUUAUGCCCUGUACGGCCGGGUGCAUGGAAGCGCGGUCUGCAGCAGCAGUGCCUUGAAGGACUUCAACUGUCAAGCUGAAAAUGCUUUAUCGGUUGUGAAAAACAAAUGCGAAGGAAAGAAAUGGUGCAGUGUGCCAGCCAACAACUACACAUUUGGCAACCCUUGUAAGGGCACCCAUAAGUACCUGUUUGUCCGCUACUAUUGCAAGAAGCACUAAAGUCACCGGACUUCACUUGAUCUGUAACCGUCAAGGCUUGAGCUAUCUCUUAAUUUGUUUUUAUCCAAGUCCUUGAAAAAUAGAAUAAUACCAAUAAAUUUCCAAUUCAAUUUCCAAUGAGUCCCCUCACAGUAGAGCAGUUUUACAGUAGAAGUUCUAAUGAAUUUUAUUCAGCCCUCUGACAAUAGACUUUCUUCACAAGCUGAACAUUUUUGGAUUGUGUUCCCUAAAUCCAGUUUAUUCAUUACACACUCUGAAAUGGGAAGGAACCUGACUAUUUCACUGCAAGUACAGAUACAGUCUCACUUGGAACAUACUUUUUUUUCCCCCUCACAAAAAAAUUGACAUGAUCUUUAUCCAUAAUUUGCAACUACCCAUCAGAGCACACGGAUGGUAAUUUACAAUUUGCCACGACUGCAUCAUCUCCCUUCCCACGCAUAUAAGAAAAUGUUUGUAGCAAUCACUUCUCAUUCAGUUCAAGAAGGCUGACUGGAGAAUACGGCCAAUUGGGUCACUUUUCAACAACCCUUCGGCUUGAAAUAACGGAAUCAAAUUUAUCAACCAGUUUCAAAUCAAAAGUCAAAUCUACAUUGUCUGAUCCCUCACUCACAGGCUAUUUGUGACAUUCUAUUCAUUUUGUUGAUUAUUGGAAUGAAAAUCAAAUGUUAAAAAAAGUCAGGCAUCACCAUAUUUCCCCCGGCGGGAAUUUAAAGUUGAAGAAAUUUGAGCAAGCAUCAUAAAGGAUUACCCAGAAAUACCUAUUUUGAAGACAAAGUCGUUCACAUACUACCCUCUUACAAACAAUACAGUGCAAAUGAAAUGAUACAGUAAAGGACAGGGGCGGAUCCAGGAACUUCUCUGGGGGGACCUUUAACCCGUCAGAUAUAUUUCUACCCCAUUGUUGCAGACAGGCAAACAUAGGGAAAUGCAGUACAUUCUCAGUGAUGCAAUUACCUUUAUCCAUGUAGUAGCAACCCUUAUAGGAUGUCAUCUUUUUUAUUAUUGCUAGAAUUAUGAUUUCAGUUUUUUAAAUCUUAUUUAUGUAUAUAUUUGGUGUUACACCAUUUGGCCCCCACAACCACCCCCGCCUCGAAUCAGUACCUGAAGGGUUGUAACGACAGAGUCAUCUAUCUACGGCUGCCCAUAUUCACUGUACACAAGUCUAAGCCGUAGCCGCAAAUAGAGUGUUCAUUGUGGACACAGCCCAAAACAAGUACUUCAUUGAUGUCAGACUUGCACACAGUGUUGGAGAGAGAAGGCACAUUGCACAGUUUCUGAGAGAUAAAUCAGUUGUGAAAACAAAUGUCAGUGAAGCAAACAAUAAAUGAUCAGCACGUAAUAGCUCUCCUAUAAAUUAAUGAAUCUCUUAAGAAAUGGGGUGCAGUGUUGAUUAAAUUUUCUUUCGUUUCCUUAAAAAAUAUCACCGAAUAUUGCCCUAUUUUUUGACGUAGGUAAACAGAUAUAUUCUGGUUAUAGCUAGAAUAGUUAUGUUAAGACAAGAAAAAAGAUACAUUAAGAAUGGUAUCAAAAAUAAAAGAUACGGUGGAUUCCUGGCAGGUUGCAGAGUGUAGUUCCUGUCCUCGAUUUUAAACAUUGCAUUCUUGUAUAUCAUAUAUUCCGAUUCACAGCGGCAAAUUGAAAUUAACUGUAUAUUUCUGGAGUCUGUGUACGGUUUCUAUGCUCUCGGUUAAUUGAGGGGAAAUAUGUCUCCUCUAAAGCAAACAUGAGUCCGACUUGAGCCCAUGGUUCAUGCACGUGCUGAAUGAGUGACAACGCCCUCUUGACUAAUGGCCAUAAGUAAAGAGAGAUCUUUGAAUUUCACAUCAUUCAGAUACAACAUUCUGUUUUGUGUCGAAGAAUAGCUCAUCUAAUCUGACACUUGCUGAAAGCACUGUCACCAUUGCUGUCAUAAACAUUAUCAUUUGUACAUGUAUAUGGCAGAGUACAGCUCCAUUCGCUCCAUAGCCAUUAGAUCGUGCGUGCAGUGCCUUUUGUGUCGUUACAACCGUUGAAAUACACUUUCGUAUUUCUAUCAACCUUGUUUUCAAAAUCUGUUUUGCU